AUUUUCAAAUAACCUGAAAAACUUAUUUAGUAAAUUCCUCUAAUAUAAUUUAAAAAUUACUUAAUUUUCUCACACGAUUCAUUUUAAGGUCGCUUUCCAACUGAUUUUGUGAUUUGUGUUUAUACAAACAUAAUCUUCAUUUAUUAAUAAUGGCUGCUUCAGUGGAAAUGAGCGAAGCUGAUCAAAUUAAAACGUUCAAGGACUUUCUUGUUCAUUACAAUAAGUUAUCAGAGUUGUGCUUCAACGAUUGCGUUCAUGACUUUACAUCCAGAACUUUAAGAUCAACUGAGGAAAAAUGCAUAGCUAAUUGUAUGGAUAAAUAUUUAAGGACAAACCAGAGAGUGUCACAAAGAUUCCAUGAAUUCCAAAUGGUUGCAAAUGAGAAUAUGAUGGCAUUAGCUCAAAAAUCUGGAAACCCUAGCUAAGUUCCUGAUGUAUAUUUAGGAUACAUAUUUAUUGUUAGGUUGUUUUGGUUACAAAAUUAGUAAUUAAAUGUUGUUAAAAA